CCCUAAUAGCUAGCCAGCUCUCUUUCUCUCUCUCUGUCUUUUAUCCAUAUGCAUCGUCCUCCUCGGUUCUCACCCGUUCAUCUUCAGUACAGGCUACACCACUGAGAUUACUUAAACCCCAAGCCAUCCGUGUCCUUUUCUUCAGAUCAUUUCAAUAACAGAAGGGCAUUCUUGCCAAUUCAGGAAUUACUUUUACCUCUACAUGUACGCGAAAGAAAGCAUAUAUACCCUCAACUCCAUCAUUACCCACUGCACCAAAAUAAUGAAGAACAACCAAGAGUACUACUUGCAAGAAUCCAUCACUUUCCCAGGGAAACCCUCCCCGUUCGCAGCAGAAUGCUGGUUCGACGAUGCUUGCAUUCUCGACAUGGACUACUUUGUCAAAACGCUAGCCGGAAUUAAGGCCAAAGGCGUACGACCCGACCUCAUCGGCUCAAUUAUCACCCACUACGCCUCCAAAUGGCUUCCCGACCUCUUGGGUGAUGUCUUCUCCGACCAAAAGAGCAGCCUGACGAACUUUGAGUCCUCCCCGGAAAGCGUUACAGCCUUGUGGAUGAGAAAAAGGUUCUUCGUUGAAACCCUAGUCGGGGUUCUGCCUCCGGAGAAGGACUGCAUCCCGUGCAACUUCCUCCUCCGGCUGCUAAGGACCGCCAACAUGGUGGGGGUCGAGCCCUCUUAUCGAGCAGAGCUGGAGAAGAGGAUUUCGUGGCAGCUAGACCAAGCGUCACUAAAGGAACUCAUGAUUCCUUCUUUUAGUCACACGUGCGGGACAUUAUUGGACGUUGAACUUGUUAUUAGGUUGGUGAAGAGGUUUGUGAACCUGGAGGAUUCUGCUGCUAAAAGUGGAGCUGCCAUGGUGAAGGUGGCGAAGCUCGUUGAUUGUUACCUUGCUGAGGCCGCUGUGGAUGUGAAUCUGAGCUUGCCGGAGUUUGCGGCCCUCGCUGGAGCUCUGCCUAGCCAUGCUCGAGCCACAGAUGAUGGGUUAUACCGAGCCAUUGAUACUUAUCUCAAAGCACAUCCUGGAGUAUCCAAGCAUGAUCGCAAGAGUCUGUGUAGACUAAUUGACAGUCGAAAGCUCUCCCCUGAGGCAUCUCUUCAUGCUGCUCAAAACGAACGCUUGCCCGUCAGAGCUGUAAUCCAAGUUCUCUUCUGCGAGCAAACCAAGCUCCACAGAAACAUCGACUGGAGUGGCUCGUUCAGCGGCAGUGCACGGAGCCCAAACCCCUUAGCAGAUCCAGGCGCCGCCAGAUGCCACUCAAAGCGAGACAUGUCGAAUCUGCAUACGCAGAUAAGGAGCUUGAAAGAUGAGGUUCUUAGGCUACAGAGCCAAUGCAGCUCAAUGCAAAUGCAGAUGGAGAGAAAAUCAAGGGAGAAAAAGAAAGGGAUUUUCAAGUGGAAUGUUUUUGGAAUACCUUCAUUUAAGAGCGGGAAUGGUCUGGUGAGGAUUAAUGAGGGUGGAGAAGGGGAGGUUGGGUAUGGGAAACAAACGCCAGCGAUGGAUAUGAAGACCAAGUUGGUUAGAGGUAGAGUUACCCCGAAGUGGAGGAAUUCUAUGUCUUAAAUGUUGAAGGGGGUUGGGAAUUGGUUGGCUUUCGUGCUUUUUCUAGCUAUGGGACUGAUUACAUGCAUGUUGUAUGUAGUAUUAAGUGUAUUGUGCAAAGUUUUUAAGGAAAAAAUAAUAAUUGCAUGUGUCGUGCAUUGACAAGUAUGAUCUGAAAUUAACAAAAGAACUUAACCCUGAUGUCAUGAUCGCAUUCAUUUA